CCUGCCCGUUGCCGUGAAAGACCAUCACCGCGCAACCUGUAUACUGAACCACUACGUCUGCAGCUCCAGAGACCCAUUGUGCGACACCCGAGUCCAUGUUCAGCUCCGCGAGAACAAGCACGACCCUUUCAGCCCGCUCUCAUGUCGUCCUCGAGAUACACCGACAGCCGAUACGUUCGCGACAGAUCGCCAUUCCGCGACAGAAGGCAAUCCGCAUACGGAAGCACAUACCCCCCUAGACCAAACGAUGCUGGCGCACGAUUGAGCACAGAUUCCAGCGCCUUCCCUCCGAGGGACACGCCCCGCGGUCCCAAGUCCCUAGAAAAUGCGCCGCGAGGGCCGCCGGCUGGAGGUCCCUCUGGGGUGCCCUCAGCACCGCGCGACGGUCGAGGAGGAGGCUUCGCGGGUCGUGGAGAGAGGCCAUCAUUGCGUGAUGCACCGCCGCUUUCGAGCGUCCCGCACCCGCACCCACCGCACAAUUCCUGGCGGGCUGCAGAUCGAGAUCGCGACCGAGACUUUGACCGCGAUCGACGAGACAGACGACCCUCCCCUCCUAGACGCUCGCCGGUUAGAGAUGUACGUGACACCCGCGAUCAACGAGACUUUCCAUCCCGCGAUCUUGAUAUAAGCCGCGCGAGGCGCAAUUCUCGAGAUGGCCCACCCUCGGCAGGCUCCACGUACUCAGACGCUCCACUUACUACCGGCUCGUCCUAUAGAGGCAGUGGAUUUGCACGUGGAAGAGGUGGACGGGACUUCCACGGCGAGGGUCGAGGACGAGGCAGGCCCAUGUAUGCAGAUGACAGGGAUCGGCAUCAUGACGCACGUGAUCGUAUGCCUGAUCGAUCGUAUCGACCGCGAAGCCGCUCAAGGGACCCCGUGCGACGUGAUCGAGAUCCGCGUGAUGAGCGUGAUCGAGACUUUGACCGGAGAGAACGGGACGACCGCAGAUUCGUACCGAGAGAGUACGACUCUUAUAUUGGACCGGCAGGUGCAAAACCAGGACCACGGGCGCUUGACACACACCGUGGAAGCGCCACGCUUGAUACAAGACAUCUCCCUGGAACACCCACGAGCGCGAUCCCGCAUUCGACCCACCACUCACCUGCUGAACGACAUGGUCCGUCCGUGGAUUCCUACUCGAGACGUGCUUCAACUGCGUCAGAGGCACUAGGCAACAAGGAUGCUAGGCGCGAACCUGGACGAGACGAUCUUCUCCUUGCAAGCCGUGCGGAAGCUUCGAGGGAACGCUAUGCGCCGCGCGCAUCGUCUCCUCCCGCCGCGGUACCUGCGUUUGGCUCUAAUGUUUGGAGAAACCCCCUUCUCGAUGCGAAGCCCGCGACCGCCUCGCAACCUCCGAAACCAGCGCAAGCUGCACUUUCGGCGCCUGUCCCGGCUGCUCCUCCUACGGCUCCUACCACCACCGUAGCCCCGAAACCAAGCGUACCGGCUGGGCUAUCGACUGCACCUCCCACCGGACCUAAAGCCGAUCGGGCUCCUGAGCGACCACCCCCGGAUGUUCCGUCCCAAAUGCAGGGUUUGGGUCAGAGGCAGGAUAGCAGGUUAGCUUCGUCAGAGCCAUCACGUACUGAGUCGCGCCCUUCUCUCAUGCCACCGGCAUCGAGCAACAGCGGCCUUCCAGCUUCUAAUGCGGAAUCGAAGCCGUCGGCUCCUAUGAGCAGUAAUGCUCCAAACUCGGUAAUCUCGCCUCCUGCAGGCCCAGCAGCAACGACCCGAGCUCCUCCCACUGGACCUCAAGCAGCUCUAAGAGCCAACGUAUCGCCGUCUUACCCAAGACCAGCGCGUCUUCCUUACGUGAAUAAUCCGCGUGAUCCGUCUCCAAGCGCAAUACAGCCAGCCUUAGGUUCCCGCAACGGCAGCGGAAGUGGCGCAUCUAUGAUGCUAAGCAACACGUCUCCAAAAAGUCUGCCUGCGAAUAUUCCAACUGGGCCCAAAGCUGAUAGAGGGAACCCAAUGGCUGCCCGAACCCCAAUGUACCCACCUCCUGAUCGCCCUGGCUUUCCGGCUCCGCGUAUGCCUAUGAAUGGGCCACCCAAGAGCAUGCAGUGGGUGAGACCAGGCCUGAAUUUGAAUAAUCGUACGACAAUUCCUUCAAAGCGCGAAUAUCCUUCCGAUGAUCGCGACCGGACCUUUGGCACGGCUCCUAAGGCUCCUAAGCUGGAAGCGAGCAUUUCUGCGCCAGAGUCUCAGCGUGCCGAGAAGGCCAAGUCGGUUUCACCUUCCAUCACUCGACCCUCUAUGGAAUCUGAAAUGACUCGCGACCGAAGAGCAUCCGGGGACUAUCGCAAAGCCUUCUCACCGAAACCCACAUCAAUCGAAACGCGACGCUUUUCCAACGUAUCGAUGGCAGAAGCACCUUCGGUCCCUGAAAAACCGCCUUUUUCGGCAGCAUCGUCUGGUCCCGAAGCUCUACAGGACUCGGAUGAUGAUCUUGAUCUCGACGAGGAUGAUUUUGCGGAGUCUGAAGCCAAGUACAAUCGCGAAAAAGCGUUACUGGAAUCAAAACGAAUAGAUCUCAGCGCACCGCAUUUGCGCGCUACAACUCCCCUACAAGAGAUUAUUUUGUUGGCGAGCCUGACCACAGAUCAUCUUCCCGAAGAAGAACUUAAGCUUGCAGCUGAAGCGCCGACUUUUGUACCUUCGCCCAAGACAUCUUCGGUCGCUCCCCCAGAAAACAAUCUGAACGAGCUCCCGACACCGAAACCCGAGGAUUCCGAAGAUGUGAAUAUGGAAUACAAGCAUGAGGAGGAGGAAAAGCAAGUAGCUCCAGCAACACGCGCACUACGUUUGCGUCGCAGUACUAGUGAUGAUCUGGAAGAUGUCCCUGAUCUUAGUUCGCUUCCGUUCCUUGGCUCUGGACCGCCAACGCCGAUAUCCGAACUGGAAGGCCCUCGCAUGUCCGAAUCCGUCAUGCUCGCCAUCCGUAACAAAUUGAGAGAGAACAUUGAGCCAGAACUCGAUGCUGAUGAACAAUUGGAAAAUUACGCUACAGUAUAUCGACAAUGGCGUAAUCAUGUUCGCAAUCUUGAUCGGCUGAACGAUACGGACGGUCACGAGCGGCCAGCAUCCGCGGAGCCGAGUGCACUGGCGACAACUCCAGGGAUCGAGACAUCUGCAACAGGCCCGAUUUUAGACAAUUCAGCACCCACCACUGGCCGCCGAGGCCAUCGAUGGGCAACUGAGCUCGACCUCGAGAUUGCAAUGCAGGAAUCUCUUAGGACCGCUGAACUGGAGAGAGAGCAACACGAGAAGGAACCGAAGAGAUCAAUGGCAGAUCCGGAGAAAGAAGCAGAUGUGCCACCGGAACUAACUACAUACGAGGUGCAGCGACGGAGAUUCAUUGACACCAACUUCCAGCGCGAGCCCGGCCAAGGGAUUUUUGCGUUCCACUAUGAGCCACCUGAGGACGAUUUCACAGAAGAGGAACAUCGAAUCAUGGUGCAACAAUAUAGGGAUCAAUACGCGAAGAAGUGGGGGAAACUAGCGGAGAUCUUGUACAAGGAAGCUGGCACCAGCAGAACAUACAAAGACUGUAUCAAUCAUUACUAUGCCACCAAAUGGCAAAGAGAAUAUAAAGGUAAAGUCAGAAGGGGACGAGGUGGACCAAGGAGAAGAGGUGGAAACACUCGUGGUCGUGGAGCUAUAGCUAACAUGGACCGGCUUGAUCCGUCAGGAGAAGAUGGUCUUCCCCCGGCCUUGACGGAGACUGGACGACCACGGCGUUCAGCUGCACCGACAUUUGGAGCGGAAACGGAUAUAGACACAACAGCAUCCACACCAACCCCAGGUCGUCUUCGCAGGCAAACAGAUGCGGAUGGGACACAGGAGAAGGCUGGGCGUCGCGGGAAGAGCGCGAGGGAAAAAGGAUCGCGGAAAACUAAGGCUCAGCUCCAGGCGCAGGCGCAGGCGCAGGCACAGGCUCAAGCACAGGCUCAAGCACAGGCGCAAGCACAGGCGCAGGCUGAAGCUCAAGCCCAAGCGCAUGCUCAAGCGCAAGUGCAACCUUUUGCUGCUGCUCCAGUUGGAUCACCCGUCAAAGUUGAUCGCAAAGCGAUGGGCGUAAAGGUGGAGGAUGAGUUUAGCAAGCUGGGAGAAAUGGCCCUUCCAAUGCAGCCUGGCAUCCACGAUGAACAAAUGAUUCUUCAGGCAGAGCCCCAGUAUUACCCUAUGCCCGGUAUGACGGAACGGGCUCGAUUACAACCACCUAGCGCCAGGCCUGGACCUUCGAGUUACUGGUCAGUCACUGAACAAACAGACUUCCAGAAGAACGUUGCCCAUUUCGGAACUGACUGGGCGGCAAUUGCCACACAUAUGGGCACCAAGACUCAGACUAUGGUGAAGAAUCAAUACCUCCGGCUUGUAGAGGGUGGAGCGAAAGAUCUCGAAAGAGCAGCAGAGGAAGCCGAUGAGAGACGUAAUCGCGGCGUCGACAUAGGACAGCCACCAGUCCCUACCCCCGCACCAAAAAGACGUUACGAAAGCACUCAGGUCACUGUCCCUCGGACUCUUGCGCCGACCCCCGAAGCGGCUGGAGCCUUCGGUAUGGUCGUGUCAAAGGCAUCGCCUCCCAGCAUGUCGUCCGCAGCUAGAUUUUCCAACAUUGCACAAGCCCCCCAGUCAAAAUCACUGGUUCCUGGUACGCCAUAUUCGAUGCCCGACUCUUCGCUUGUGUCAAUCCCUCAGCAGCAUUCUCCUCCGACCCAUGCUGUACGACAACCGAUGCCUCCUCAUAUGUCCCAGUUGGACUCCCGUCGUCCUGGCCCUCUCGCAGGCUACUUUUCUGAUGAACUUCCGAGGGGCAUGGAGCAUCGUCCACCCUCCCAACCAUCCAACAUGCCACCAAACUCUCGAGCUUUGCAGUCUCAUGGCCAACCACAAAUGCAGGCGCAACCAUCAUUAUUCCGCCCCUCUUUCCAAGAACGGGAACCUCCAAGAGCGGAAACGCAGCAGGAUCGAUUCCAGCCCCAGCACGCUCGUCAUGUCUCCGGAGAAAUGCACAAAGGCAGGCCUUUUGGUUCUGUCUCAGUGCAAGGUCGUCCUGCCCUAGGUGCCGGAUCGCCAGAGAGUCGGCCCCUCUCUUAUCAGCAUCGUCACCAGCAAUCACUGAUGGAGAAUCCGGUACCACCGCCAAGUUCACUACCGCCUGCGCAAUCCCGUGCUGCUCUUGCGACUCCGCCUGUCAAAGAGGAGCCUAGGCUCUAUCCAGUUCCCCACCAACGAUCGCAGUCUCAACAACCGAUGCAUAUGCCCACGCAGCCGCAGGGUUACGUGCCGCCACCGCCAACCGCUUCAAGUGCCCCUAAGCCUGCCACUGAACCUAGGAAGUCGAACUUGAUGUCUCUUCUCAACGACGAUCAGCCUGAAGAGCCGAAGCGAAAGAAACCUGAGCAAAGCAUACCGUCGCAUACUCCGACUCCACAACAACAGACUCCCGUUGCACCGCCUCCCCCGGUUCCACAGUCUCUUCCACCGAGAAGGGAUCCUUACGCUGAAGCAACGACACAACCGCCAUAUGGUCGCCUACCCUAUGCGCAACAACCUGGUGUGUCGCAAAUGCCAGGCCGGCAGGUUGUCGAUCUGACAAGGGAACAAGCUGCUGCAGGACGGGCUUCGCGUGAAGAGUGGUCGAGACCAUUUCCGGGCCACAGCCAGGCACCGCAGGGUCCUGGCAUCAACUCCCCUCAUCAGCAACCUGCUUAUACGGACAGAUCCGCCUUUAUGGGCAAUCAUCGAUCCCUCCUGGCGCAACACAAUAAUCCACGUCACAAUCCAUCUCCGCCCCCGCUGUCCGCAUUCCAAAAUUCGCCACACCUGCACUCUCGUACCCCUAGUUUAAGCGGACAACCUGGACAACAGCCUCGUCACAGCAUGAGUGCGGCAGCCGCUUCACAACAUGCUCAAGCAUCUGGUGGAACGUCGCAAAUACUCCAACCUAAUCCGUACGCACAGGUUGAUCCCCCAGGCGGAAACUCGCAGCCCUCAGCUACCGUUGGCAUGCGGCCCAGCCCCCACCUCCAUACCAACCACUUGGUGGGGCAGCGGGAUGUACACGGUCGCAACGAGCAUGCACAAGUUCACAAUGGUGGCUUAGCGUACCCCAAUCCUCAAACGCCCAGCGAACAACAUCCCGGAGGCCAGCAUACGCGCGCUCCAAGCAUGGCGGAUCAGUUUCGGCGGGAUCCACGCGAGAUGCACCAUGACUUCGAUCCACGCACUGACAAUCGUGAUAUGAGUCGUGAGAUACAGCAUCGUGCUGAUGCGUUGCUCCGCGAACGCGAACCUAUAAUGUCGCGCUCCACAGGGCCACCUCAGGCCCACCAAGAUCCUCGCUACCAACCUCCACAAGACAGAUCCUAUGGUGGGCAGCAGCGCUCUCACACUCCGCUCUCGCGAUCAGAGCACGGUCCGCCGCCUUUGCAGCAUCCUCCUCGCUCAUCUUUAGGCGAGAGCCACCCUCUCUUCGGCGGUCCUCCUCGACCCGAAGAACGCUUUCGGGAUCCAUUCGCCCGGGAGAACAAUCGCUUGCGCGAGGAACAAACUCAGCGUGAAGAGUUCUUCGCUGGACACCGUGAUCGAGAGCGUCGAGAACGGGAACUCCACGAAAUGAGGGAGCGCGAUGUACAUAUGCAACGGGAGAGGAUGAUGGGAAGGGGUCCCCCACAAGGACCGCCCGCAUCCGACCAGAGGGGCACGCCAGGCCCACCCCAGGGCCCCGGUGGAAUGGACUGGGCGAACGCCGUGCCUAGGCAGCACGGCGAAUGGCGCCGGUAGAGUUAGUAGUUUCCUUCAAAAGUAUGAUUCUUCAUUUCUAGGCAAGUCUUGGAGAGAUUUUGCUAUUUGGGAUGGCACGCAACCUUGACGGUGUCUUUUCUUUGUCUGGCGGCGGUAUACCCGUAUUCUUUUGACGGCGCGGGAAGCAGGGCAGAUAGGCAACAUUAUUCUUGCGUUGCCCAUUUCUUGUACAUGAGCUCUCGGACGCUGGAGUUUUGUUACGCCAUUCUGGUGACGAGUGGGGUUCCUGGGUAGGCCAUUUGGCAAGGGUUUCGGGUCUGCAUGUACAGCGUUCAAGAGAAAGGUUGCAUCGCUGGUUGGGGUUCGGCUGUGGGGUAUAUUGAUUGAUGUGUACUAUAUACGAUACGUGAGGAAUGUAUUUUUU